AUGCAACCAGGCAUCUUGUCGCCAGACCACACCCGGGUUUUCGGGGAGUUAGCAGGCGCAACAGUCCGCGUUGCCCUGUCGCGGACCGUUAGCGCCAGGUACAAAAACGAUGGGUGCCCUCCCUCUUCGUGGCUCUUCUUGGCCAGAUGCGAUCUCCCGUCAGCCAAGAAUCUCUUCCCAGAUCCCCGGAUUGGCAUCAUCCCAUUUUCGGACAUAAUGGCAGCUGAACGCACAGGAUCCCAAGACUCCAUGAUCGAGAUGGACGCUCAAAACAAAAUGACAGAAAAGCCGGCCGCCUACGACCCCAACUCGGACUUCGAAGCCGCCACUAUCGUGCCCGACCCAUCAGAGAGAGGAACCACUUCAGGCAAAGACUCACCCGCCGUGAACGAUGAGGCUGUUCAGGAUCCCAACAUUGUCGACUUCGACGGUCCCGAGGACAUGGACAACCCCAUGAACUGGCCCAUGAAGAAGAGGUGGCAGAACAUCGCCGUCAUCUCUGUUCUCACCAUCAUCACCCCCCUCGGCAGUUCCAUGUUCGCACCCGGCAUCCCCAGAAUCUUGGCCGAGUUUGAAGAGAGCUCUUCCACCGUCGCUACCUUCAUUCUCAGCGUUUACAUUCUCGGUUUCGCCUUCGGACCUCUCCUCGUCGCUCCUCUGAGUGAGAUUUACGGCAGAUCUGUGAUGUACAACACGGGCAACGUCUUCUUUUUCAUCUUCACCAUCUGCACGGCUCUUUCCAAUGGCAUUCCAAUGAUGAUGGCCUUCCGCUUCCUCAUGGGUGUGGCCGGUUCAGUUCCUAUCACUCUCGGCAGUGGCAGUAUCUCCGAUAUGAUGCCUGUCGAAUUCCGCGGUCGUGCCAUGGCAGUCUGGGCCAUUGGACCUCUUCUGGGACCAUGCAUUGGUCCGGUGGCUGGUGGCUACCUCAUUCGCGCAGCUGGCUGGCGUUGGGUCUACUGGCUCAUUGCCAUCGUCACUGGCCUCAUCGCCGUCUUCACCUUCUUCACCCUCCGCGAGUCCUACGCGCCCGUCAUCCUCGAGCGCAGAGCCGCUCGCCUCCGCAAAGAAACCGGUAACCCCCUCCUCCGCUCCAAGCUCGCCGACAACACCACCACUCCGGCCGAGAAGCUCAAGACCGCCCUCGUACGCCCCAUGUACUUCCUCUUCCGCGUCCCCAUCGUUACCCUCCUCUCCCUCUAUGUCGCCGUCACCUAUGGUAUUCUCUACCUCCUCUUCACCACCUUCUCACUUGUCUUCGGUCAGAACACGCUUGGCAGCAGCUACGGCUUCGGGGAGGGUGAGGUCGGUCUUGUCUUCAUUCCCUCCGCCAUUGGCAUGGCUCUCGGAAUUGCAAUCUUCGGUGCCAUGAGCGAUAAGCUGGUCACGCAAAAGAUCAGCAGCGGAGAGAAGCACAAGCCCGAGAUCAGACUCACACCCUUCCUGACCAUUCCCGCCGGUGUCACGCUUCCUAUCGGCUUGUUCUUGUACGGCUGGACCACCCACUAUGGCGUUCACUGGAUCGUUCCCAUGAUCGGCGUUGUGAUUUUCUGCUUCGGACUCAUGGGUAUCAUGAUGGCUUGCCAAAACUACUUGCUGGAUGUCUACCCUCAAAACGCCGCCUCUGUCACCGCCGCUCUUGCUGUGCUCAGAUCUCUUGCUGGCGCCCUCCUCCCUCUGGGCGCUAUCGACAUGUACAUUGCCCUUGGCCUUGGAUGGGGCAACUCCCUCCUUGGUUUCAUCUCCCUCGGGCUGAUUCCCAUCCCUCUUCUCUUCUUCUUGUUCGGAGAGAGGAUCAGAGGCGUCAAGAAGGUGCCCACCGCCACUGAGGCCUGA